GAGAGAGAGAUAGAAAAAACGAAGAGGGAGUUACGAUUGUUUCUUUUUUGGUUUAUGCUGCAAAUCGAGUUAGAGAGAAGAGAGAGAAAGUUAGAGAGAGAAAGUAGAGAUAAGUAUUGUGAUCGGAGUGCGGCGGAACCCUAACUCGAGGGGAUCGGAGUAAGGAUGAGCGGCAAAGUAGGGGGACAGAAAGGUACAUCAUCAUCGUUGUCGGGUAUUCCGGCGGCGAGUCGGAAAAUGGUACAAAGCUUGAAAGAGAUAGUUUCGAAUAUACCUGAUAACGAGAUCUAUGCCACUCUCAAAGACUGUAACAUGGACCCUAACGAAGCUGUUAGUCGUCUUCUUUCUCAAGAUCCUUUUCAUGAGGUUAAGAGCAAACGAGAAAAGAAAAAAGAGGGUAAGGAUACAACAGAGCCAAGGUCGCGUGGGAGUAAUUAUAAUAUACCGAGUCGAGGCGGUGGUGGUGGUAGGACUGGUAGUGACCGAUAUGCUGGCCGUGGUGGUGGUGGCGGCGGUGCAAGUUCAAACCAAUUCAGUAAUAAUGAUUAUGGUGUCCCGCAGAGUAAACCUGUAUUUAAGAAGGAAAAUGGAACGCCUGCUUAUGGAAGCUCCUCCACAUCUUAUGCAUCUAGUGUGAUGGACAAUAAUGUAAACAGGCAGCCACCAUCUUGGAGUGAUUCUGUUGGUGUCCAUGACGGAUUGUCUUCAUCAUCACAUCAUGGUGGAUUGCAAUCUGCAUGGUCGGCGAGCCCAGGUCAAGUGUCAAUGGCUGACAUUGUCAAGAUGGGUAGGCCACAGGCCAAGGCAUCCGUGCCUAAAUCUUCUGUCCACAGUGGGAAUCAUCAGAAUGCUGUUUCAACUCCAGCAGCCUCGCAUCACAACUUGAAUGUUACUGAAGCGACUAAUGAAUGGCCUUCUAUUGAACCCAAUGUUCAACAGAGUGAUGAAUGGCCUUCUAUUGACCCCAAUGUUCAACAGAGUGAUGAAUGGCCUUCUGUUGAGCACCCACCAAUAGUUGCUGUUGAUGCCCAUCCAAAUUCUGAGUAUUAUACAAAUACAUCUAACUUUGGUGAAGCUAAUAGACAACUGCAGAACCACGGAAAUGAAUUUGUAGCUGAAGACAGUCCUGUUGAGGAUGAGAAUCCUGAUGAUGUUGGAUCUGCUUCUAUACCCGCUAAAAUUAUAUCGGAUGAUAAUCCAGGAACUGCUUCUGGAUAUGAUGAUAAUUUGUACAAGGACAUAAAUUCUUACCAGUCUCAUCGACAUCCUUUUGAUGAUAACGAAGCUGAAAAUGGUGUUUCAUCAGUGGCUACAAACUUAGAGCAGCUAAAUUUACACACAGAUGAGCAAGGGAUAGAACCAGAAGAGGACAAUUCUGAUGUACUUAUUCCAAAUCACCUACAACUCCAUACUCCAGAGUGUUUUAGUCUGAGCUUUGGAAGUUUUGGACCAAAACAAAAUGCCACCGUUUCUGGAGCUGGGACACAUUCAUCUAGGCCCUUACAAAGUAACUUGGAGGAGACUUCCGGAGCUACUGAUGUUUCAGCAAUUGGGUCCUCAGAUGUCAAAAAUCCCGACUAUUAUGGGGAUGAGCAUAUUGCUACUACCUCAGAUGGUAAUAAUAUAUCCCACAUAACUGGUGUGGAUGCUAGGACUUAUGAACAUUCUUCCAUUUCACAACCAGAGGCUUUAAAGUCUGAACCCUCUGAAACUGCUCAGGAAAAUCAAUAUUCAUUUCCUUCAUCUUCGCAUGAGUUUACAUAUGAAAAUGCCCAACAACCAGAAGUUGCAUAUCCUCAUUCACAAACAAGCUCACAGAUCCAGAACCUAUCUCCCUUCUCCAGUGUAAUGGCAUAUACAAAUUCUUUGCCCAAUGCUCUGUUGGCUUCAACGGUUCAAACACCAAGGGAGGAUAUCCCAUACUCACCCUUCCCUGUUACACAAGCAAUGCCUGCAAAAUAUAGCAACAUGGCUUCUUCAAUUGGUGGUUCCACUAUAAACAUGUCAGAGAUGCAGGCUUUAAGGGCAAACAACAUUUCGACGCCUCAAGCUCAACCUAAUCAACAAUCUUUGCCUGGUGCUGGUGUUGCCACUGGACCUUCACUUCCUCAACACCUUGCUGUGCAUCCGUACUCACAGCUGGGACCUUUUGCUAAUAUGAUAAGUUAUCCGUUCAUGCCUCAGAGCUAUACCUACAUGCCAUCGGCAUUUCAGCAGGCUUUUGCUGGAAAUAGCACCUACCACCAAUCUCUGGCAGCGGUGCUUCCACAAUAUAAAAAUAGCAUUUCUGUCAGCAGCUUGCCUCAGUCUGCUGCUAUACCAUCUGGAUAUGGUUUUGGAAGUUCCACCAGCAUUCCUGGUGGAAACUAUCCUUUGAAUCCAUCAGCUGCCCCUACUAGUACAACCAUUGGAUAUGAUGACGUGAUAAACUCCCAGUAUAAGGAUAACAAUCAUAUGAUUUCACUUCAGCAGAAUGAGAACAAUCCUAUGUGGGUUCAAGGGCCUGGUUCUAGAACAAUGUCAGUUCCUCCCAGCACGUAUUACAGCUUCCAGGGACAGAAUCAACAACAACCAGGUGCAUUUCGACAAAGCCAGCAGCCAUCGCAGCAGCAUUUUGCACCGCACGGGUACCCUAAUAAUUUCUACCAUUCUCAGAGUGGAAUUUCUCUAGAACAUCAGCAGCAGAACCCUAGGGAUGCUUCCCUUGCUGGCUCCCAAAGCCAACCACCUAAGCAGUCCCAACAACAAUUGUGGCAAAACAGCUACUAAUCCUAAUCACCUCCCGGUUUUUAAGGGUCUUGAUGUGAUGUGUGUUCGAGAAUGACCAAUCAAUACGAGGCGUUCCCACGGUCUAAUGUUAAAUGUACCUGUUUGGUCCAAAGAGACCUGAUAUGGCCGGUGCCCCCAUGUGACAGUAGUUGUAUUCUACAUAAUUAUUACGCUCGUGAUGUUAACUUAGGUUUUGUGUGCUAAUUUUCUGUAUUACAACAAUACUCUUUUUCCCAUUUUACAUUUUUCUCAUCUUGUUAUAGUGAAAAGUUCCGUGUUCUGUCUCAUAUAUGGCUCCUUUUAUUCUUGGUCAUCAUUUUGCGUAGUUCAGGAGUCUUGCAACUUAGCAUUCACCAUCGUCCGUAUGUUAUUAACAGCUUUUUUA